AUGUUAGGAAGUCCGUCGAACAACGGCGGCAUCAGAAUGCUUGUGCCCCCGGCUCCGAACGACGACAGGCGGGUUGAGUUUGUGGCUCUCACCGCCGUCCACACGGAGAGGAGCGAGCCGUCCACCCCGGAGCGCGGACACCCGUCUCACCGCACAGGUCUGUUGGGCACCCCGCUGCCCGGGCCGCCGGGACCCCGGGCCAACGCGUCCGCUACGAGCAAACGCUUCAGAAAGUUGCAAAACUGUCUGUACAACGUGCUGGAAAGACCACGAGGAUGCGCUUUCAUCUACCACGCUUUCAUGUGAGUACAGUUUUUCAUCGAGUUUUCUCGACUCUGUGCGUAAAAGCUCAUUUUUUCUGCCUUUACAACUUUCUAAAGUCCACUCGAGUGUCUGUGAAUACACCCUCGUGUAACCAUAAAUGCUACAUCAGUCUUUUUCCAAUCAUGUGAUUUGAAACCAGCAGUCAUUUGAUAAAUUUACCAAUUAACCAAGCAGAACUGCAUAUACAGCAGUUUACAUGGAUCAUGUGCCAUGCAUCAUCACAACAUGGGGUCCUGUGUUCAUUUCCCCCUUGUCUCUGUGUAAUUAAAUCAUCAGGAGGAUCCAGGAUGUGAAAUUCAAUUUGUCCAUAUCCACGGGGCCUAUUGCAUUUGGUCGAAAUUCAAGAAAACCCCUUUGUAAACAUUUUAUAUCUGCUAGUCACCAUUACUUUUAAUGUUUUAACUUUAUCUGUGAAGUUUAAGAGUGAGUGUUGCAGUGUUUGUUAUGACAGCCACUGACACAUGACAUUCUUCUGAACCUUAAACAUGACAGCUUUUUAUCCAAAUGAAGGGUAUUCUCACCCAUUAAAUCCUGCGCUAAACAAAAGACUCAACAAAAAAAGGACCAAAUGUAGAAAGUGUUCUGUCAGAGCUUUAAAGCCCUUCUCCAGCCAUAUGCUCCAUAAUGUAUACAACAUGUAAACACUGGAAAAGUAUGAGCUCACUGGAGGCUGUGGCUGUUUUACUCUGUCACACCAGCCAAGGACCUCUAUGUGAAACAUUUAGCGCUCAUUUGUCCAAACCAAACUGCUCUGUGUUUCAUGUAGUUGAAUGUGCACCUGUUCUACAUUUAAAUUCAACCCUAUUAAUAACUAACAAAAAAAUAACAGUAAUGCCCACCAUGAAUGGUGAAUGACUUAAGAGUCUCUUUAAAAGUCAAAGUUCACUCAGUGAAUAUUUGCCAUUUCCUAAGUGUGUCUGUAUAUUUUCCGACAGUUUGAAGAGCAGUUGUGCACCAGCAGCUGUUUUCCAGUUGUGCCAGCAGACAGAGCACAAGUGUGGGAGCUGCUCACACCAGGCCGAGCUUUCUGUGUCACUGUUUAAAUAAGAACAGCAGUUGUUCUGCUUGUGGCAUCAAGUGUUUAUAACUGAAGGGAAUCCCGCUGCAGAGCCACGACUUACACAUCAGUUCUCAUUAUGUGCAUUAAACACGUUUUUAACUUAGAGUUAGCUAGUUUUACUCUUUUCCCCAGAGUUUUUCUUUCUCUAUUCCCACAGGAGCACUGACACACGACAUAUCAAGCACCGCCUCCACCCUGUGUGCCUCCCAUUAAGAGUUUGGCCUUUGUGGGGUAGAUGUGGGUGACAUUCUCCCUGACAUUAUAGGCUGGCAGCUCUGCCACUGUUGUUGUAUCUCUGUCAGAGAAGGCAGGGCAGGCGCUCAGAGGUGCUGGGAUCAGGUUUCAGAUGCCUCAAAGAUGGAGCUGCACCGACUUUAGAAGUGAGCGGCCUUUUUAACAUCCUUUUUUAUCCAUCUGCCUUAACACGCUGCAAACUACCAGAAGUCUUACCCAGCUUUUAGGAAGUCCUUGCACUUUGAUGUGAUAUAUGCUGGGUGCUCACAUUGCUUGCAGAGUGCAACGUUCCCAUGAAACUGUAACACCCUGAGAAAUGCAUUUGUUUGUUUCAUGUGAGAGACUCACCAUGCUGUGAGCAGUGGCUCAUGUGAGAAUUCAUUGUGUGAUGACGCUCAAUUAAGGCGGCGUUGAUCUAUUGUAAUUAAAUUGAGCCGUACACUGCUGCGUGGAGCACUGUGCUAACUUCCCUUGAUCCUCUAAUUAGCCGUGGAUUGUAACAGGGGACAGUGGAGCAGAUGGAUGGUUCCAGAGAGCCUCCUUAUGCAGGUGUGUUUAGUGUAUAGAUGGUGGAAAAAUGGCUCUUUGCUAUUAAAACCCAGACACGGGACACUUCAAGUCCCUCCAUUCUCCUUGCCUUUUUUUGGUCACAGUUGCACAUAAGGUGCAUCCUAAAAAAAGCCCACAUCUCUGUCUUGGAUAAAAUAUUUUGGCAUUUUAACAUCCUGCUUUAUAAGCAGUUCAAGUGCACAAGUGUGAGUGGGUAGACUUCUGUACGUGGCUGCAACUCUUCUUCACACUCUCUGUGGCAAGUGUAUUCUCAAACAAAGCUGGCAAUGAGUUCCUAUUCUUCUCCCCUUAAAUGUGGUGCUAACUAAGCAACUUAACUCAACUUACAGUGCAUUGAAUUUCUCUUUGGGGAUCCACAAUCUUUUUCUUCUUGUCUUUUCACAUUUAUUUUUGUACCUUUAAUGCUUUUAUUAAGGGGAGAGGACAGCAAAGGGAUCAGGGGGAUAGAGAAGGGAAUGACAUGCAGUAGAGCGCCCCAGGGCCUCCUGCUUCGAGGACUAUAGUCUCUGUGUGGGGUGGGCAACUGAACCACUAGGGCAAACCUGUGUCCUGCUAGCUUCAUGACAGUCAGAGGAUCAAAAUACAUGACGAUACAAUCAUUAUAAUUCAUUGUCCCCUUAAAGAAAUUUGCUUUGAACUCAGGUGCUGUCCGUAGAAUAAUCACGUAAUUUUCUGAUCAGCUUUUAUAACACUCAACAUCUGUUUGGUGUUUGUGUGUGCGCAUUUAAAGAGUAGGUGUAUGUAAAUCUGACCUCUGAGUAUGGCAGAUGACUGACAACAUUCACGAGGAUCAGUUUCAGUGUUUCCCCUCACCUUUGACCCCUCAUCCAUUUCCAUCGCUGGGCAGUGCCACUUAUAGACUAUCACAUGAGGUUGCCUGUUUUUCACAUAGUUAUCCAACCAAGCAGGUCUGACUAAAACUUGCACCGCCAUGUAAAAAGCCCAAAAGCUUUGUCAGGUCUUGGUCCUGGUGUUCUGCUGCUGUGCGCCAUUUUCAAGUCCGGUUCCGGAGAAGACAGUAAUAGUGCAUGUGGAUGGGCAGGAAAGUCAGGAAUAAGCACAGGACAGCCAGAGUGAUUGAUUGGUUCUAGGGAGGAUGAAAUUAUACCGGUCAUGUAUUAUAGAUGUCUUACAAAAGAGAAGCAGAGAUAUGAAGAAAAGGAUAUCGCAGAAUUUAGAGCCUGGAGCUAUAGCCGUAUCAUCUUUAUAAGUGUUUUAAGAGAAAUGUCUUUCUAAGUAGCUGAUCUAAGGCAAGCUAUGUGCUAAUGCCUCUGUUAUUUCAAUUUGUGUUUGAGAGUAUUGUGCUAGCCUGAUCCGCUCUCCUACUGUUAGAGAAGAAAAUAUGUUAUGGAUGGUUUCAGGGAUCAAACUUCCAUACUGAUCACAGCGUUUGCUUGUGAUGUUACACCAACUUAUAUAGAGACAACAGCGCCUCUUACAUCCCUGUCCCAUUCCUUGAGGGUCUGUUAUGCCAUUAUAUAAUGUGGGUUACAGAAAAUAUGAUCACCAGUAAGAACAUAACUCUUUACUGGAUGGUUCUCUUUCAGAAGAGGCCUACAGUCCCGUGUUUGGCAGUCUUCCUAGAGAGAUUAUCCUUAAAGGAGCAACACUUUUCAGGUUGUAAUUGAGUGUUUUGCAUGGAGGUGGAUGGCUCAGCAUUGCCAGAGCUUCUAAUGGAGCUUCCUAGAAGGGUUGUGGGCCUAAUUUGCUGAAGCACUAGUGAAGGAAGAUACCUGCUUGAUGACCCUGUUGAUGUGUUGGCUCUUGCUGCCCAUUUAGCCCCUCUGUUGCUGUGUUGAGUUCACUGGGGACCUGCAGAAACAAGUUAAUAAGUGCAUCAUCUUACUCAUUGAAGCUGGGGGAUGGGAGGAGGCGGAGUGGAAAGCCUAAACCUGCAGGAUUUAAGGGAUAGUCCGGCACAUGGUCAAACACACCGUAACACCGAUUUAGACACUCCCUCGCAAGAUGAAUUUUGCCGACUGCUUACUUCUUUAGUUACACCAACUUCAGCAACACACAAUAGCAAUACACAGCGGUCUACAUCUCCAUGCGCAAAUUUCAACCAAAAACCCACUCUAUAGCCACAAAUAAUGCUCAGAACAGCACCUAACUUCAUCAACAGUACAAAGCCUGGUUUCUUUAGCAAAGAGACUAAACACAACUCACCCACCCUCCUCCAGCAGCCGCUUGUUUGUGGGGGAGCCCUGACGAGUUGAUCACCGAGUUACUUCCUGGAAAUGCAAUCAAAACCAAGACACUAAGGCAGAAGAACUACCACGUCUGCAGUGCAAAAUGAUUAUUAUGAUGAUUAUUACCUCAUGGAAAUGAUCCACUGCACUCUGUGAUCGACUCGUCAGGGCUCCUCUGACGAGUUGGAGACGUAGAACGCUGUGUAUUGCUAUCGUGCAGUCGUUACUAAAGUUGGUAUAACUAGAGAAGCAAGCAGUCAGCAAAAUUCAUCUUUGGUGGGGGUGUCUACCUCUGGUGUUACGAUGUGUUUCAACAUAACUUUAUUUUGCACCGAUAUAUCCCUUUAAGCUAUGGUCGAAAUCGGUUCCACCCUCUUCCACCAUAUUCUGCCUUCAGUCUUUCUCACUCUUCCAGUGAACAUCUCCCUCUGCUGUGUCUUUCUUUACUUCUUUUUUAUAUGUGGAUAUGAUGGUUGGUGAAAGCCAGCAUGGAGGGGUUAAAUCCUGUUAUCAAACUUUAUAAAACGGCGGCAAACAUCGGCUUACUUGAUAGCCUAGUUGAUGUGUCGCUGUUGUAACCCACGGUUGAGGCGUGAGGGUCAUUAGGGGCCAAGUGUAAGGAUACAUUAUGAGUGCUGUCAGUACCUUGGAGCCAAAGGUGGUAAUGCUGUUUGUGUUGCAGAGGCCUCUUCAGGUCAUAUGGUAGACUGUGUAACUAUCUAAAUGACUGAAAAAGAGAUAAUCAAAGACAACUUUGAAGAGAUAAGGAGAGAGUAACCAAGCAGUAGGCUGGGUAAUAAUUGAUCUUAGAUGGGCUUCUUAGUUGCUGGUCAAACAGUGAAUUGCACACCUAAUCUUAAAAAAAAAAAAUAGAUCUAAUACAGCCCUAUCAGAGUCAGGGGAACCGUUUGUGGCUAGACCCCUCUCAGUAGACCUCAAGUAGAUUCUUCAGAUGGUUUGAUGCUUACAAAUAGUUCAGUGGAUUUUUGAUGUUUUUUUUCCUACAGUUUCUUGCUGUUUUUUCCACCUUUCUCCUCUGGUUUGUUGCACACAGCACUGCAAGAGCUGCUUUUGUCAACUGAGUGUUUCUCAAGCACCAUAAUAGAUUUCAGAGUCCCCCUUUAACAAGCCUGUAUCAGAAACCACACAUUCAGAUGCAGACUACGACAAUUAGAUUUCCCUCUACAGUAAUUGAAUGCACAAGAGAACACUAUAUAUUAUUAUAAUAUUUUAAUAAUGCAUUGUGUUUCCCUUCAAAGAAACACUCAUAAGUCAGAUGAGGAAAUUAUUCAUCCUCCUUUCUCUCUUCGAUUUGAAACAGCAGCUUCACAAAUUUACAAAGAAAACUCUUCAUGUUGGAUAAACCGGUCAGCCCCCCUGCUGUACGGGAAUCCCUUCACUACAACUUUAAUGGUGAAAGCAGCACUGAUGGUGUUCGUUUAUGAAAGCUUGUGUCUAAAGCCACAUUAUUAAUAGAUGCAGAGGGAGAUACCCACAACAGGACGCUGGACCUAAGGCUCUCCAUAACCUCUCAGCUGAUGGUUCAGUCAGAGGCUUUGAAACAGACGCAUGCCUGUUGUUUAUUCUGCAGGGCUGUACACAGAUUGUAAGCUUCUCGUUAAAGGUGAAUUACCUCUUUGACAUUAUUAAACUCAUUUAGCUCACACAUCUCCGUGAUUGAAUAUUUCCCCCCAUCUGUCGAUUCUUGCAGUUUUUCCUCCCCCUGAACCCAGCGUGAACCAGCUAAUCUGCUUCCUCACCCAGGUCAUAGAAACAGUUUGGUCUGCUUUUCUAGGUUUUCACCCAAGCAACACAAAAUCCACUCAAAUCCCUUCUUGCUUGCGAAAACCAAACCCCGCCCUGACGCAUUUGGUGUUGUAUCUUUUAUUAUUAAUGCUCUAAGUAAUGAAAAUCAGAAAAUAGCUCUUUGUUUUGUUGUUUGCUUGUUCAGUCAGCACAUGAAUGUGUUUUUAUUGAUGACUCAGGAGGAGUGAAAGAAGGGGUAAGUGGCACCAAAACGCAGUGAAGGGAGAAAGCCACUCUGCACUUUAUGUGGGGGUUUGAACCUGCUCAGGACUGCAGAUUGGAUGCUUGUUGUUCAUUUACCGCUGCUGUUUUUUUUUAUCUGUUUCUCUCAGCAGGUUGUGUAAAUUCUGCUCCAUUAAGAAUCCUUUAUGGCUCAUAUGUGCUCUCUCCUCUUCAUCUCUCUUUCUCUUUUCUCCAUCAUUCUCUCCUCCACGUCCGUCCUGAGUGGGGAUAUCAGCUGUCAUUUGCUGUACCGCCUUGUCUAUUAGACUUCCCCUCCCCUACUGUCGCUCCAUCUGAUCCUCUGUCUGUCUCUCAGCUCUGAUUUGCCGGUUUGUUUGUGUUUCUGUUUUCCCUUAUAAUAAACAGAUUCUACUUGAAAGGUCAAAGUAUUCAAAUAGAACAAUUGAAACCAUUCAAAUCCAACGAAGAGUCAAUGACCAAGACCAAAGAUUAUUUAUCCAGCAGCUAUUUUGCUGAGUUCAUGCGUCAGUCACCGUUUUUUCUUGUUUCAGCUUCUCAAACAAGAUAAUCUUUUUACACACAGUGUUUGAUGGUGUAUUUAGGCUCAAGUUUUGGUUAUCAGAGAAAUUAUACAACUUUCUUUCCCCAUAAAAAUACAUGAAACCACAUCUUAUUUUCACUGAAAACAGAUAUAGGGGACUGGAUGAGAAAGGUAUUACCUGUGGAUUGGUCUUAUAUUAAUUUAACAAACUAUGAAAGACAUGCAAAUGUAUAUUUUGGAGGACUGAGCUAGGUUAUUUUCACGUCUCAUGGGUAAAAAAACAGGGGAAAGAACUUACAGGCAGACUACUAUACUACUACUAGACAAAAAUUGACAAAAAACUUUUUUUCCUCAAGUCAAACAAACAUAAAAUCUGCGGCAAUUCAAGAAACUUCUGAAGAUGCAAUAAACUGACACAGAGGGAGAGAAACACAAAGACUAAGGACAGUCAGGAAAGUGAGCAACAGAUGUGAGAAGGAGACAGGUGAUACAAAGGAGGAGGUGAAAAAAGUCAUGAAACAUGAGGGAGAAACAGAAUUACAAAGAAAGAAAAGAAGAGAAAUACAAAACAACACAACUCAGACAGCUCAAGACCUUUCAUCUUUAUUAAAGAGUAACAAGCACUCAUUUUACCCACAAAAGCACUGGGAAUACCUGAUGGUUUAGUUUAGUUUAUUUAGAUACCUAUUUGCUUUUGCAUAGCAGCAGCUAUUCUUCCUGCGAUCCACUCAAUUUCAAUCCAACAGUACGUACGCACAAAUAAACAGAAACAUACCAACACAGAGAUGUCUGUCACACAGUACAGUACUAUAGUGGCAGAAACCAGAAAUACAAGCACUAAACUGGAAUAAAUCUGUUCUCCAGAUAGUUGUAAGAAUGUAAAACAUCAUUAAGGGUCUGCUGUAACAUCAUAGCAAGAAUGCAGCCCCCCAUAAUGAGUCUUUGAUACCCCAUCUCUGGUAUUUCCUUUGAUUUGAGUGAACAUCCAGUCCUGGUGCUAAUGAGUUCUAGGUCAGGGUAAUUGGAUUUGUCAGGAACGUAGAGGAUUUUGUCUGAUUUGUGGUUUUAAGCUUUUAAAAACAUACUGUAGGUAGUCAUGGAGACAAACUCAAGGUCAUUUCUGAGUCAAGAUGAGUUUAGGUGUUUCUGUGCACUCAGAGGAGGAACCAGUUCUUCCAGAAAAAACUUUUUUCAAUGGAGUCCUGACCAAGACGGCUACAAACUCAAAUUUACAUCAAAUGAUAAAUUAGCAACAUUAAGCAGUAAUAUAAAUAUAAACACUGGGUGAAGCUUCUCGGUUAUCCAUAAGUGUGUCCCCUGUUAUUCCCUUUUAGAGACACAUGCACCAGAAUGCAGCAGUGUUCCUAUUUACACAGCCUUUCCUAUUUUUAAUAUGAGGUGGACUGUUUUUGUAAUUCCUGGCAGCCCUACUUGCAAUAUGCAGUUUCCUUGCAGUGCACAACUAUCGGGGGCAUUAUUUUUUUUAUAUAAUCAGAUUUUAUUUUAUUUUCAGAAUUUACAUAGACGCAUACAUCGUUAAGCAGUGUUCUGAUCUAGGGAACAAUAAUUAAUAAGCCAAAUUCAAAUAAGGUAGAAAGUGACAGGAAAAGGAUAAUAAUGAGGAAAAGAAAAAAAAAGAAAACAGAGAAAAUCCCCAAUAAUGACGACAACAACAACAGCAGCACAACAAAGUAUCAUCUAAUAAAGAAAUGUGUGUCCUUGUACUUAUUAAAAAGUAGUUCUAAUCACCAGUGUGGUGCUCAGUGUGGGAUCUACUAAACCACUGUUUUCCCUCCGGAUAAUUUCACCUCGACCUUAAGGCAAGUAAUCCAUGAGGGGCUGCUAUAUGUCCAUAAAAAAAUAUUGUCAUUCCCUUUUAAUUUGGCACUUCACCUUUCCAUCAGAAAAACUCUAAAAGUUUCUUUGUAUCACUGUGUUACAGUGGGAGGUUUCUACCUGGUCCAAUUAAAUGGUAUACAUUUUCUGGCCAAAAACAAGUGUUUAUUAAGUAAUUUUGAUCUUCUCACAUACAUAACUGUAUUCGUAGGUGGUAGCCCCAAUAGAGGGCGCAUAUUUUCAUCUGCCCUCCUUCACUCUUGUACACCUUGCUUGUGAGGGUGUCACUCUUCACCUGGAGGUCUCAGGUCACACUUUGUUGCCUGCCAACUUCUUCAGCUCUUUCCCCUCUUUCCAAAGAGUAUUUUCUGCUAACACCAAAGUAUGACACAGAGGACGUGCAGAAAAAGGAGGGAGUCUGCAUUCGGAUGAACGAUAAUGAUAACGUGAUACGCGAUCGAUCCUUUUAGGAAAAAUUUCUUCUUUCCGCUUGUCUCUACAACAGAUGCUUGUAGGGAUCCAGUGUCUUGCUCAAGGGCACUUUAGUGGGACACGUGGUUGUUAUAGUUGGAAUAGAGGGUUGCCUCUUAAAAGCCAAUCAGGUGGACAAAAUGAUCAGAGGAGCGUCUUAAAAAUGGGAAAAUAUUAGAGGAGAAGUUCCUGUUUUUGAGGCAUCAGUGGUCUUGUUCUUUAAAAGAAUGGUGGCUGAUAAGGUGAGGUGUUUUAUGUGUGGAUUAGGGGACAGGUAGGUAGAACAGGAGUGAGUUAGGAUGAAAGGAGAGUCGAGGUUAGCUGCUGUAUUAAUUUCUCCUUUCAGGGCAAAUUGUGUCUCCCAAGGGAGCGGACUGUCUGUCCUAGGAUGGCCAGUCAGGAAUCAGGUUUCCCACUGUGAAAACUUAGCCCCUCUCCCUCUGCUCACUUUCACCCAUCAGGACACAUAUUUGCACACACACCAAUAUCAUGAGGGGGGAAGCAAACUGCUGUUGUUUGUAUACUUGACUGUGUGGAACAUGUUAAAAAGAAGGUGAAGGUUAAAGUGUUUCUGUUUGACUCUCCUUCAGACAGGUGAUGGGUUCAUCUGCACACAUCUGUGGUGUUUGUGUAGUGUUAAUGUCGCUGAUGCUGGCCAGAAGUACACAUGCUUUUGGCUGUGGGGGGGGAGAAAGGAAAUGCCAAGAGUUUAUUUUGACUGGUGAAAACCCUCAAAACACUCCAGACCUGCUUUCACAGCCAGGAAAAUCCAGAUGAUGUCUCGCAAGUCUGCUCUCCUUUGUAUUUUAUUGCUAGAUCUCUCCCACUCAACUGUAUUGUCUCAGUAUAAAUGAGGACAGAGCUCUUUUUGUGUGUUUUUGUUCAUUUGUGUCACCAGACUGAAUGGCAGGAGUGCAGCUCUGUGGCAUUAGACAGCAUCUUCUGUAUGCUGAGGUGCGGAGUACAUUUAGCUCAUUCUUAAAGGGAUAUUCUGGCGUAAAAUUAAGUUAGGGUCAAACAUACCGUAACACCGAGUUAGACACCCCGUGGAUAGAUGAAUGUUGCCGACUGCUUGCUUUUCAAGUUAAACAAACUUCAGUAAUGACCGCACGAUAGCAAUACACAGUGGUCUAUCACUCCACAUGCAAACCUCAACCAAAAAGCCACUCAAUAGUCUCAAAUAAUGCUCAGAACAGCACCUAACUUCAUCAACAGUACAUAUAGGGUCCCAGCCAUAGCACUUGCCACGAAACAUCUUUUUAGCUUUACCUGAUUUCUGUAGCAAAGAGACCAAACACAACUCACCCACUCUCCUCCAGCAGCCGCUUGUUUGUGGGGGAGCCCUGAUAAGUCGAUCACUGAGUGCAGUAGAAAAUAUAUGAUUAUCACUUCAUGGAAAUACAAUCAAACUGAGACGGUAAGGCAGAAGAAUAACCGCGUCUGCAGUGCACAUACAAGAUACACAAGAACUUUGAUCGCAUUUCCAUGAACUGACAAUCAUAAAUUUUCUUCCUUGAGCUGCGAAACUCAGCUGCACUCGGUGAUCGACUCGCCAGGGCUUCCCCACAAACAAGCGGCUGUUGGAGGAGAGUGGGUGAGUUGUGUUUGGUCUCUUAGCUUACAAAACCAGGCAGGUUAGGUGCUGUUCUGAGCAUCAUUUGUGGCUAUAGAGUGGCUUUUUUGGUUAAGGUUUACGCGUGGAGAUGUAGACUGCUGUGUAUUUCUAUCAUAUCUAACCCGGUGUAAUGGUGUGUUAAUAACUUAAAUUCACGCCGGAGUAUCCCUAUAAAGCUGUCUCUAUUAUGAGCCAUUUUGGGAGUGAGUGAGAUGGUUCUUGCUGGGCUAAAUGAUUUAUGAUCACUAGAAAAGCCUGAAUUCCCACCAGGAGAAGCAUUCACACUGAUGUUGUUCACCUGAGAAGGAGGAAAGAUCCAAAUCCUGCUCUGUAGUAGUAAGACAGAUCACAUACAACGUGAGCAAGAUCAUGCAGCCUUUGUAAAUUGGAGUUAACUUAUGAAAAUUUGUUGUUACACUUACUUCUACUGGUGAUUUGUUUAAUUUAUUCUUAAUUUUCUCUUGCUUUUGACCAUCCUGUGGAUUCUCUGUGUUAUCAGGAGAUGACCUGUAAACUUGAUGUUAUGUGCUGCUGCUACUGCUGACACACUGUCAUGAACACCAAUACUAAGUUUGUCUUAUUUACUUUCAUGGAUUACUUACAGAAAUGUUGAGGGGUCAGCCUGCAACAGAAAGUCAUAGCCUGUAUUCUCAGUGUGUUUUUCAUUGAGGGAUGUUUUAACUACAGAUUUCUUUGAGUCAUUCAGGACAGAUUUGGAUACAUAGACACAAAGAGGUGAAGAUGCAUUCAGAAAACUUUUGCCUUGAUUUAUGCAAAAAGAAGCUUAAAAGGACAAGCUUUCAACACAUGCAUUCAGUGCUGAUUUGUGUUCACUGAUUAAAGUUACCUUUCUGUUGUGCAGCUGCACCCCGUCCCCCCCCUUCUGUCUGGCUGUUCUGCAAGAUUUCUCUUGAAACACUUUACAGUGCUUCUGUUCCCACACUGCCCUGCUUUGAAUCAGUGUAACACUGCACUGUCAAAACCUUUCAACCAGGCAGUUAAGUUAGACAGCACAAUUAGGACAGUGGUGACAACCAUGCCAGUAAAGUCUGACUCCAUUUUGACUGGAAAGCCUUUGGGGAGCGACCCUGCAACUUUGCUCUCAUUCACUUUGUAAAAAACGUCUCCUCUCCAUUAAUCCUUAUUCACAGAUUUUACAUAAAAAUCAUAAUUUGGAGGCAGUUUGGUUUCUGCUGAAAUAUCAGAAUGCUUUUGUGCAUGUAGGAAAAAAGUCUGUGUGGAGAGUAAAAGUGGAUGCAACACAAUCCACUAAAACGACAUUCUGGCAUCUUUAUCUUUGCAAAUACUGUACAUGCAUGCAAGUUCAGUUGAGAAUUUUUGUCUAGAUCCCUUAGCUUCAUUUUAUUAUUUAGUUUAGACCCUUGCACUGCUGCUGUACUGUCCCUGCACAUCUAGCAAGGUAAUAUAGAGGAGUUAGCCUCGACCAAGUGCCCAGGCUAACUCGGCACUUGGUCAAGGCUCUCCUUUUUGGUUUUCCUACUAUGAGCUUCAGAGCAUCAGUGAACGGUGUAAACAUGGCGUUUGCGUUUAUGAAGGUGUGCCGUGUGACUUAGAGUGAUGAGCAAUCGGGGGGGAAGGUCUCUUGUCAGACACCAUAAGACCGGCAGAAAAUCAAUCAAUACCUUUUGCCCUGCUAUUAUCUCUUUGCAGCACACUUAAAGUCAGCCCUAAUGAACGUCUGCAGGCUGGAACGUCAAUCAUCAGCAGAUGCUGAAUAAUGUGGAAACUUCUGGAGCUGGCUGCUGUUAAGGAUUUAACUUGUUACUUUAUUUUAUUUGUGAGAAGCGGUUCCUGCUUGUCUCAUUAAGUGUUCAACUAACAUCAAACAGCAGGAAAGGAUCACACCUUGUCAAUACCAGCUAUAAAUGAAUAAUACACCCAGUGUGGACAUAAUCCUCCUCAUACAGGGUGUUAUUUCAUUUAUGCUGAUAUACUGCAUACUAGUGUGAUGUUACUCAUUUUAAAGUGAAAUUGAUUGAACAGCUCUCUGUUUUGGGCUAAUCCAGCAAAUAAAAUAACAGAAAAAUCAAUGAACUUCACUACAUGAGAAACCCUCUCCUGCGAUUUACCACAGCUGCUCAUUAAUAUUUAGUGUUAUCCAGAUGGUCCUCACACACAUAGAUAGACACACAGAUAGAUAGAUAGAUAGAUAGAUAGAUAGAUAGAUAGAUAGAUAGAUAGAUAGAUGGAUUAUUGAUCCCAAACUGGGAAGUUCUCAUGUUACAGCUGCAAAAAAACACAAAAUAAAAUUAAAUAUAAGAAGAAGUAUGUUCAAUGCAGACUAAAUAUAUACAAUAAAUACGGACUAACAUGAUAAACUGAGAGCUAUCUGAGAAAUAACCUCAUGGUAAAAUCUGUCCUGGUACGUGUGCGUCGACGCAAAUCUGAUUGUCAAGAGGAAAAAAAGUCAACUGAGGCCACUGUGCUGUUUUAACACGCAGGUUUUGAGUUGACUGAAAGUGAACUCACAAGGAUCUGGAAACAGGCAGACUGUUGACAGUGCAUUUCUCUGCAGUCUCAUUGACGUUUUAAAGUCAAAUCAAAGCAGCCUCUGUAUAUCAGCUCUCUGCUGGUUAUUGUUCUUGUAUUGAAUUUUAUUCUCUGUCCACGGUUUGCAACUUUACAACCAUCAGGCACGUGAGAGUGGUUGGUAUAGUUUUCAGCGUGACUGUGCUAAAGCGAUUUCAGAUUUCGUUGAGAGUUUCUUCAAGUUUUGUGUUUUUCAUGCAGAUCUGCUCCUGUCCUCUCUGAGUAUCGUCUCUCUAGAUCCUGGGAUAGCCCACAUGUCUCUCUGUCUUUCUCCUGUCGCCCCUGCCUGGCUGCACCCGCAAAGCGAGGCCUGUCUUCAAGGCUGUUAAGAUCAUUUUAAUUUAUAACCACAGUCACUGUAAACAUGUGAGGAAGCAGCACCAUGGAGAUGGCGCUCAAACACAAUCACAAUGUGGGACAGUAUUUAUAAGGUCUGCCCUGCCUGCAGAGAGCGCUUUGCAGCGUGUGUGUAUACAUAAGUCAGUCUGUGUGUGUCAUGGCGCCUGUUUCAUUCUGUCAGAAAAGGCUUUAAGCAGCGUGUGCAAAAUGUGUGUGCAAUCAUGCAAGUGUCAUUUUAUAGCGAUUGAGUCCGUGCAUGUGCGCAAAUGACCGGCCAGCUGCAUUGUGGGUAGAGCAUAAACAAUAAUCAAAUGUUAACGAGGGAGUUGUAAUUACGCAGGCUGCCUGCCGCUCCAGUGAGAUUAUUUUUUCUUGCGUCCUCUCCCUUCCUGCCUUAUUUGCACAAUUCAUCCACUUGUGAUUUCCACUAUUUCUUCACACAGUGAGCACCUCUCAAAUGUCUGCUCUGCCUCUCUGUCCUUAUCUUUGUUAGUUUCCAUCAGAGCGUGUUGCGUUCUCUGUCUCUUAGCUGCACCUGUCUGUUUUCUUUGUGAGUUCCUGUCUCUCAAAGCCUCUUCCCACCUUGAUUUAAUCCUUUUUAGCUGAUUUCAUUAAAACUAUUUCAUGCAAAAAGGCUUCUCUUUGUGCAAAGGUCAGCUUGCAUCUGUCUUCAGCUGCUGUUUUUUCACAGCAGAGAUGAAUUUUGAUGAAGGGUUAUUGAUGAAGAAAAGCUCUGUCAGUGUCAAACAUACUGUUCAGUGUAAAGUGCAGAAAUGUAUUAUGACCAACAUUAAGCUGUCUUCAUUUCUGUUGUGAUGCCAAACAGACUGACUUUUUCAUGUUAGUUUCAUUCCUGCAAAAAAAAGCAGCUAAUGCAGGUCCAUGUCCAACCUGCAGCAGUAUGUGAAUGUGUGUGUGUGUGUGUGUGUGUGUGUGUGUGUGUGUGUGUGUGUGUGUGCGUGUGUGUGUGUGUCAGCGGGCCCUCUGGUCUCUUCUUUUGGCCCUGAGAUUAAAGCAAUGUCAGCAAGUGUGUGAUGAGACCUCACAGACAAUACUUCAUCUCUCUUUCUCUCUUCCUCUUUUCCAUUCUGGCUCUCCUCUUCUCUUCUCAUCUCUCCGUCUCCUUGUCUGUCCGAUACAUUAUUCAGCCACCUCUUUCUGUCUCUUGUCCACUAUUUUUUUCUCAUUAUCUAUCUCCAUGUCUGCCUGAUACUCACUCUUCGUGGUUAACUUUUGCUCCUCCCUCCCUCCUAUUUCCAUCUCUUACUGAACUAUAUUUAUUCUCAGUCUUGUCUCCAUCUCUUCUUUGCUUUCUCUCCUGCAUUCAUUGCUACUCAAUGUGGUUGAUCGAUCAUGUUUUGUCGUGGUUUCCAGACCUUGUGGUGUCCUGUGAUGUCCUGAAGGUGUCCUGUCCUAGUAUGGACCUUACAAAACCUCUAUGAAACUGAGAACAUCACAGCCAUGGCUGAAAACGAACAAUCGAGAACAGCUUACCCAAAUCUAGGGUCUGAGCGAAGACAGCUUGUGGUUUUUGGCAAGGUUGAGGUAAAUCUUCAAAAGGUUGUCUAAAUGGUAACUUGUGUUUGAACAAAGAAAACCUCAUAAUUAAGUUGUUUUAUUAACAUACUGACCAAUCGCCCCUUUGUCCUCAGAAGUGGUUGCUGUAGAUGGACUGUAGAAAAACACACAGGGUUUUAGGCUGCUCUACUUGUCAUUUAAAGGGAUAUUCCAGCGUAAAUUAAGUUAGGGUCAAACACGCUGUAACACAGAGAGAGACACCCCCCCUGAGAGAUGAAUGUUGCCGACUGCUUGCUUCUCUAGUUAUACAAACUUCAGCAAUGACCACACAAUAGCAAUACACAGCAGUCUUCAUCUCCACAUCUCUGAUAACAGGUGCAAAAGUGGUGUGGACCGCCCUCUUUCAACGAGGAUUUUGCGUGUGCUAUCAGCUGUCACCAUGGAGAGUUUGUGAGAGCAGAGUGGUCGUAGCCAAAAAAUGAAGUUUGAAGCCAUGGAGUUGCACCUACCGUUUUUGGGAAGUCAGUAACGGCAUAAAAGGCAAGGGAAGUUUAUUUGUAAAGCAUAAUUUAUACACAAGGCAAUUCAAAGUGCUUUACAGAUGCAAGAAAAUAUAUUUGAAAUGAAAAAAAGAGAUUCAAACAAUCAAAAAUCAAUUAGACAAAGAGAUAAUUUUUGUGACUGUUCUGUGUUUUGCCUAAUUAUUUAUCAAACCGUCAUUUACUAGAAAAACGCUUUUGCAUUUUUGCCUCCUUCUCCCCACUAUGACUAUAGCCAUUUGUGCAUAACGCUGUGCCAGUUUCAAACCAUCCAAACAUGCUAAAUAUAGACGCAAAACAGCGACUGCAAUCGGUUUCCGGGUUUGAUAAAUCACAUUGCAGGUGCUGAAUGAUUCCAUUUGCAUUUGCUCCUCCCAGAAUUUUGCGUGUUCUGCUGAUCUACAUACAAUAUGCAUUUUCAUGAAGGCAAACACACUAAAUGGAUUGCACUCGCUUUUUUGCUGAUUUGACAGACGCAAUCCUCUGUGAACCUGGUUAGUAGAUCAGCUCUGCGCACGCUAUCAAGUUUGCAUGUGUUUUUGCACGGCAAACCUUUGGUAGAUCAGGCCCAUAGGGUCCCAGCCAUAGUACUAGCCAUCAAGCAUCUUUUUCGCUUUGCCUGAUUUCUUUAGCAAAGAGACCAAACACAACUCAUCCACUCUCCUCCAGCAGCUGCUUGUUUGUGGGGGAGCUUUUUGGUUGAGGUUUGUGCGUGGAGACGUAGAUCGCUGUGUAUUACUAGAGAAGCAAGCAGUCGGCCACAUUCAUCUCUCGGGGGGUGGGGGGGGUGGGGGGGUGUCUAAUUCGGUGUUGUGGUGAUUUUGACCCUAACUUAAAUUUACGCCUGAACAUCCCUUUAAGUCCAAGUCUUUGGUCUUAUUGGAUGUCUUUGUGGUUGUUCAACGAGACUUAAAUUUGUACAUGAAGAUAGACGCUGUCAGCAAAGUGAUAGAGAACAGUGUUGACUGCAUACAGAUGCACAUGACAGUUGGACCACGUGGAUACGAUCCAUGUAAAUAAAAGGGGACCUAAAACUGGUCCUUAUGAAACACCCUUUGUUAACAGUUGCCCUUUGAUUUACUAUUUUCAUAUAGGUUCAGAAUCUGACACAUUCAGACGUGCUAGCUUCUAUGCCACAUAGGACACCCUUGCCUUUAAAUGGUCUGAACACCCUAUUCAAACUUUUUUUUUUUUUUGAGUAUUUCCCAGUGUUUCUCAAGUCUUCCUUGGUGCAUUUCAAACAUCAGGCUUUAUCUAAGUCGGGGGAGGAGGUAGAUGAGCGAGCGGACAGACUGUAACAAGAGGGAAUGUCAACAAGAGGCGGAUCUAGGAUGUCUGGGUCGUCAGCAAGCUGAAGCGGGGUGGGAGGUAUACUGAGAUAUAACAGAGGAAUGAAUAAUUCAAAGAGUAUUAUCCCCCCUGCCUGCACUCAUCCACCUUUCUCCCCCUCUGUCUGUCACUAAGUUGGUUGUAAUGAGUUAAAGAGGGAAGAGGGUGUGUCUAAGAGGUCCACAAGUGGUCCACUCUGAUCCUGGCUCUGCUUCAACUAAGAGGAGGAGUAAAUACUGAAAAAAGGCUUAAAUAAAAACAAAAUAAGGAAGUGGGUUAAAAAGAAAUGAAGGGUCUUACUGCAUUUUGAGUAAAAAAGAGGCUUUUGAAACUCUAAAUUUCCAGCAUUUAUUUUGAUGCUUAAAUCAAAAGUGGACCAAAGUUGAAGAGCUAAGUUACUUCGAUGUGUCCAGUUCAGUCAGUUUAGGGAGGAACUGGGUUUGGGAACAGAGAGUGUUCGCCUAACGAUGUCCUUUAGUCUACUUUGUGUUUUGUUGACCUGGGGGAGGAUGUGUGUCAAAGGGAAAAGUGACAUUACACUGUGCAAAGAUGAAAUAUGUAAGACACAGAAUUUUGGUACACACAGCUGAGUGGAAGCGUGGAAACACACUUCCUGUGUGUUAUUGGGUAAACUGUUUCAGAGUGAUACAGCUGGGUUGACUGUGAGUGAAUGCAGCAGUACAUCAGGAGCAGUAACUUUUAUCCUACUAGGAUCAAGAGCGUGCCUUCUUGGUCUGCUCAGGAUUGUGUUUUUAUCAGUCGUCACUCUCAAACCUUUAUGAAGUUUUGGACCAAUCAUAAGAAAUGUGACAUUUUAGCACAAACAGCUUCACAUUUCCGUUCUGUCACUUUUUCACUGAGCUUCAAAUAUCCUCAACCUUCAGUUUUAGUUACGGUGGCCUAAGCAUUACUGCAGCCAUUGUGUCCUCUGUAAAUCUUGUCAGCUCCUCCUCCAGAUCCGCUGACCACCGGGGUUGAGCGUGACCUCGGCUCACUUUCUCACACAUCGUGCUUCAAACCACUGGGCCAAUCCCAUUACCCCGAGUUCAGGUGUUACACUCACUGCUUUCUUUUUUGUUGUUUCUCAAUCCUCCAGAGAUGCCCUUGACCCUGGGUAAUCCAUCACUGGAGAUCCCCGCUGCUGGAGUAACAGGGUUAGACCUGUCACAGAGUAAUGAUGAUUGGCCUGAAAUUCACUCGCAGCUCGCAAGGUUUGGGGUGUACAUGUGUUUUGAGUCAUGGGGAGUUUCACCUCUAAUAGGCCCCUGAUAAGUCACAUGGUUGAUCUUACUCCUCGACUUCUGUGUUUUCUAGUUGAAUAUUUGAGGCUUUUAUAGGGUGAAUUACUUUGAAACAAACGAUAAAAACUUCCUGAAAUUCACUCCAAACCUCUAACUGCCACUUGCAGUGUUUAUCUAAGGUGUGUAAAGGUUAGCACACUCGAUGGUUCAGUGGUGAAAUGUCAGCAUGAUGUUAGCACUCUAGUGCACCUAGUCAAGACUUUAGGCCUAAUUGGUUAGUUGGUGCUAACAGCGCCAUUGCUAAAUGUCAGGGCUCCUUCAGCAUAUCUCGUCCACCCUGGGGGCGUCUCCAGGGUCUGUGCGGAACAACUCACUGACAACAAGUGCAGUAGAUUCUUACGUUGCCAAGAUUGGCUAGUUGAGAUUGGAUCAGGAAAUACUCAUCACCCAUUACUGUUACUUUCUCUCUUGCAAAUAACUGAUUCAGGAGAGUUUUAUUCCUGAAGGUCGAGGCAUUCAGGGGAAAAAAGAAACUUCUUCUUCCUCUCAUUUUUUAAUCACACUCUUGCAUCAGGUCCACCUCCUCCCUCUCAGUCACUACUAGAGCCUCUGAAUCGCUCAAUCAGCUUCUUUCACUGUGGAAAAGCACUCUUCAUCUCUUAUUUGUUUGUGUGUUCUUUUUUGUCCCUGCCUUGAAAAGUUUGCUGCUCCAGAAGAAGGAGUAGGAAGGAGGAGGAGGAGGAGGAAGGGGUUACUGACGGUGGCUGUGCCCGGAGCUCUGCAGCCUACCUGAUCACAGCUCUCCUGCAGUCGCUAUAUAAAGACUGAGAAAUGCUAUUAAUAUCUUUCUUCUGUUUCCUCCUUUUCCCCUCUCUUUCUCUGCCCACCGCUCUCUCUCCUCUCCCUCCUGCACCUCGCUGCCUCACUUAUUUGUUCAUGUUACUCCUCUCCUGGCAGGACUCAAUAGUUCCUUUCUUUUCUGUGUAUUUGCUAGCUCUGCGAGGGGGGGUGUAUUUUUAUUUUCGUACUUUUGUAGACAGUUAAAUAGUGAAUCGCUUUUUCGCCAAGGUGACAUUUGACGGAGGUUCACACACAUGUGUCAGAGGCUACUAAAAAUAAUAUAAUCUGUUUAAGCAGGUCUAUAUUUCUGCUUGUGUGUAUGUGUGUGUGUGUGUGUGUCCUUGUUGAAGGUGUCACUGCAAGCCUGUGUCCAAUAAUUGGUCUUUGUGCGUGGUCUCUUUGUUUAACUGCUGUGUGUGCAUGGAUUGCAGGUCUAAGAGCUAUCAUUGGAGUCUUAUUGAUCAGGUCUGGCUCUAUGUGCACACAUGCCAACAUCUACAUGGACAUUUACAAGUGCAAAAUACAAGGACUGGUGUAGAGUCAUGACCCCCUGGUCUGUCCAACUUUUCUCGCCCACCUUCCCACUUUUUCCGUGCGUUUCUCUUGGUUUUUCCUUUGUCUUUUUCUGCUUUAUUUUCCUCUUCUUCUUCAAUGUCCUCCCUCUUAGACUUCACCCUCUCCCUCUCCCUCCUCCUCCUCCUCCUCUUCUGUUGUGUGUAACUGAUAGCUGCUUUAUCAUCCUGCGGUUAUUGAAUCAAAAGUGCAUUCUCCGACACUUCAGCACUGCUUCCUUCUGUUGGGCACGCUGACUGGCACACAACAGUGAGCGCGAACCCCAUAAACAUUUCCAGAAACACACACAACAUAACACAACAAUGCUUUAUUCUUUAUUAGUUUAUUAGCAGUAGUAAUACCAAUUUAUUCAGUCAUAGUUUCACACUCUAGUCAAAGUGAUGGGAGAUCUCCCUCCUCACUUAUGUACGCUUACAGGAAAACAGCAGUAAGAGCUCCCUCGCUCGCCUCCAUUAGAAGCCUCUGUUCAUCCUGCAGACUGCUGGACCUUCAUUUGUUGUCUGGCCCUGCAGCAGCCCGAUGGCUCUCUGGAGCUUUACAGACUGUGAGACAGAGUAGAUGCACUUUAUACACACAGACACUCGUGUUAUUAUAUAACAUGUGUGUCAGUUAAAUGUAUAGAAGAGGAGACCACACUGACUGUAGAGGGCUGAAAACUGAUGUUACAAAACUGAAAAUCCAAAAAAUGUAAAGUUAAACUCUUUUUUUUUUCCUUUUUUGUUUGUUUCUGUUUUCACUUUCUUACUAUUUUAUUUUUUGUUUCACUUUUACACUUUUAGUUUCUUUCUGUUUUCCUUCACUUCUGUCUUCCUUUCACUUUCUCUCUUUUCGGUUUCUUACUUUUUGUCUUCCCAUCUGCAUUUCUGUCUUUGUCCUUCGUGUUCCUUCUGCCUACUUAUUUUUUUGAAACAUCAUUUUCUUUUGUUUUUUCUCUUUCUCAACCCUUCCUUUCUUCCAUCCUUUCUUUCUUCUUUCUUUCUCUUAAUUCCAUUUCUGUCCUUCUCUAUUAUUUUCUCUUUCCUUCCUUUCUUUUUCCUAUCUUUAUUUUCCUACUACUUCAUAGUUUUUUCCUUAUGUCCUCUUUCUUUCUUUCUUUCUUUCUUUCUUUCUUUCUUUCUUUCUUUCUUUCUUUCUUUCUUUCUUUCUUUCUUUCUUUCUUUCCUUCCUUCCUUCCUUCCUUCCUUCCUUCCUUCCUUCCUUGCUCCCUCUCUCUCUAUGGCUCACUGUGUUUGUGUUCUCUCCCUGUCUCCCCAGUAUCUAUGAGACAGAUAGCUCCCGGUCUGCUUUUGGAGUCCAGUCCGAUAUUGUGUGCACAUUAUAGCAGAGCAUGCAAUAUUCUCUCCAAAAGUUGGAGAGCAAUUACUGAUGCAGACGGCCUUACAGUAAACCUCCUGAGCAGCUGACUCUCAUAGAUUAGCUGAAUUAUUGAGUCAAAGGGGUUUUUGAUUGGCUUUAUGUGUGUCUGUCUGUACAUUAGCCUGUUCAUUUAUGAUGAGCCUAAUGAGUCUCUCCUGUCUGCUCACAUGUUGAAGUCAGUUGUUAACCUCUGCUGAUAAAGGAUUGAAGUCAUACUAUUAUUUGUUUGUUUUAAUCUGGAUUGUUAACUGGAAUUACACUCGGAAAGUAUUUUUCAAAUAUUUCAAUAUAAGAUAUAUUUCAAAUCUCUAAGGGCCAAGCAGAUAUCCCCUCGCGUUCUCAUGGGACUAACUCUGCUGAUUUGGUGGUUUUAGACUCAUCCUUUGCGCAUAUUUUCAUCUGAAGGGGGGGAAUAGAAGAAGGUGGUGGUGGUACUCAGGUGGAUAAUGGCUGCUUUCUCAGCAGGAACAGAACCUCAUAUUUUAAAACUGGUGACUUAUAACCUCAAAAUGUCUGCCUGUAAGUCGUUCCAUAUAUGUUUACCAAAUCAAAAUGCAGAUGCAUGAGUUUGCAAAAUGAAUCAUCUCAGGCUGCAUAACAACUUCUUUCUGACACGUCUGAGUUGGUCAUCGAUGGUAUCGGAGGUAUUUUGCAGUCUCAGUCAGAGUUUAGCUGAUAUUGUUGCUUGUGGUCUGAAUGAGAGGAAGUUUAAAGAGUUUGUUUCACUAAAUCCAAACAAAUGUGCUGAGUUGUUGUUUAUCGGUAACAGAGUGUAAGUGAUAGUAUAACAUUCAGGUGAAUAAAGAGCUGCUCUCUGGACCGUUUGAUGCAGGGCUGUUGGGUUUGCAUUUUGAAGAAGUCAAGCUUUUGAUCCGGCUAUCUGCGCUGUAACUUGUUUCCUGUCAUACAGCUCAAGUCAAUGAAACAAUCCACCUGAGAUGCAGCUCAGACUACUCUCCCCCUAAAAGAAAUACAGUGCUUUGAGUUAAUUGAGGAAAAAAGAGACAGACAGUUCAGUCAGCACAUUACCCGGUUGAUGAACGAUCCAAAACAUCCCCUUGUUUGUAGGGAGUCUUUGAGGUAUUUUUCAGACUAACUGCUGUAUCUGAAGCACAAACUCUUCUGUAUUCUAUACCUCACUGGGCUGAAAUAAAUACUGCAGUAAUUUGGGAGUAUCGGUUUAUUUACUCCUGGUGUCCAGUGCUUCUUAAGCUGUUUACUUUGUUUUUACAUUUGUCAUAUCUCACCAUCCAGAGCUGCAGCUGAGCAGGCAGACAAAACAAAAACAGUCUGGGAAGUCGCUCAUUUGCUUAUUUCUUACAAAUGUGGUGACAAGGCCUUCCCCUCAGAUGUGUCUCUUCUCCUGUUACCUUACCUGGUGCUAUAUUGAUGCAAGAUGAUGGAAACUCCCCUUUAUACAGUCUAGGAUUUACAGCAGGAAUGAGUAGCUCACUGUUGCUCUCAUUUAUGAUAAGCAGCUUUUAAAUGUGAACCAUUUCAUUUCACACACAUUAUCCUGUUGUGAGACAAGUUGAUCGCAUUACUAAUCGCAGAAAAAGGGCACCAUUGUGUGAGUCCAUGUGAAUUUCCCUCCAACUCUCUACAAGGGUUUUGUGUAACUUAAGGCUCUGACAAAUUGACCAGCUGGGUAAGCAGCUGCCACCUGGAUUAUCCCGCCCUGUUGCUGGCUGUUCACAAGGCACAGUGGGCACGCUGCGGUGUUUUCUCACUGCUGUUUUUCACCAACUCUCUUAUUGUUCUAGACUGUGUACUGUUAUACAUGAAACAUCUGCUCGCAUAUCUGAGGAUCAUGGAAAGUGUCAUCGUGGUCGAUCUUAUCGGCCAAGUAUUACUGACAUGUAUUGUUGUUUGAUGAACUCACUGGGGAUUUAGUCAUCUGUUUAAGUCAUUCAGGAGUUGUGAGAUCAGUUUGAACUAUUUGUCAUCAUAGAGACCAAUAAAUAUAGUUCUCUGACUUCAUUUCAGUGUUUUAUUGUUUAUUUUUUUAACCUUUUUUUUUCACUUGAGAAAAACACCUUGUUUCUUGAGUUGUUUGAGGUCUCUUAACACAUAUAAGACUUCCAAUUGGGAUCAGACUCCUGAAGCUUACCUGAUGUUUCGAAAUACUAAGACCUUUUAAACCAGCUUUCUAACAAUACAGCCAUUCAGCCUCCCUUUGGGUUAAUCCGCUCCAUCCCACUUCUGACCAGGAGUUCUACUAGGAACUCCACCAUCAGUCCUCUGACAUGAUUCAAUAUCAAUUUAAAUCAAUGCCCAAUUUGCAACCAUAAGGCCCAACCAAACAGGCAGCAACUUGAAAGCGAAACAUGACAUACCAGGAAACCAUACUUAUCUAAAUACUAGGGGUGGGAGAAAAAAUCGAUACAGCAGAGUAUCGCAGUAUUUUGUCUGGUGAUAUAUCCUAUCGUCUCAUUUACCAAGUAUCGAUUUUGUUUUCAAAUUAAUUGUUAAUAUGAAGUCAAAUCUAUGAUAAUGGAAAAAUAAAAUCAACUGUUGGUCUAGUGAGGUUGGCAGAGGUGACAUCAUAGAGCAGGAGAAAGUUAGUGCAAUGAAUAUAGCAGCACCUUGGUAAAGACAUUAGGAAUGCAAGCAGGGCACAGAUGAGAUGGACCUGACACAUAAGGUUUGCAAGAAGUGCUACAUGAAGAUAAAAUAAAAUAUAAUCAAAUAAGACAAACAUUAAGGAAAGACAAAUGCUAAAUCAGUUAAACAGCUGAAAAAAUUGUAUGAAUCGCAAUUUAUUAUAUCGCAAUACUUACUGUAUUGCAAAAUGUUAAAAAUUGCAAUAAAAUCGUGGCCCAAGUGUAGGAGCCUAGGUCCUGUUUGAGUUCAUCAAGAUAUUGAUAAAUUCAUUUAAAAAUGUGUAUGGAUAUUUACAGAAUUAAAAAAUCGCCUAUAGAGCCUUUAAUGCGUAUUGAUAUCUGUGUGCGUAGUUAACCUGAGCAUUCAGUCAUGUCAGGCAUCAUGGAGUGGAGUCACACGUUUUUUUCACCUUGCUCACUCACUCUCUCUUUUUAUUUCAUAUUUCGCUCACUCCUAUGUUUUUAUAGUCAUGCUGGACUAGUGUAUCUUACUUUUUUUUUUUUCUAAGUAAAUUAUAAAAACAAACGAGAGGAUCCUGUGAAGUUUUUAUGCUUGUGAGGUGGAUGACGAGGGAUGAGAGCGUCAAGCAAAUGGCCUUAUGGUUUAGGAGGCCACUGGUGAUUCCCACCCAUAUUAAAUACACUCAACUUAUCAGGCAUACAUGAGCAGAGUUCAGGCAUUGUAUGCAGUCAUGUUGGAUUACACUAGUUAGCAAAUGAUAACAAUAAGGUAAAAAUGCACACCAGUUGAACAACCAUUUUGCAUGUAUAUAUAUAUAUAUAAUUCACCCAGUUCUCAUUAAUAAAUGAUCUUCUUUAUACCUCUUUGGUCCUAACCCUGCUAUUAAUGGAGACAGUUUUGCUAGACUUCUUCACUGUGGUGGAAAAGAUUAAGUGCUUGUGGUAACACGUGAGCACCUUCAGCAUCAGACACAGCUGACCAGAAUUUAUGUUGAGUAUUUAUUCUGCAGUAGUUUUUUAAGUGAAGUGGCUGUAACUCUUGAUUCUACUUCAAAGCAAAGUCAAAGUGUAAGCUAAGAGGAAAGUACAAGAGAAGUCAUUUAGAGUCCAGUACCCUAAAAAAACAACGUAACUAUAAAGAUAAGUUUGACAAAAACAGUUUGUAGUUGUCUUGGAGCUGUUCAAACUCGAAAUGUGUCCUCUAACCUGUGUGUUAUGUGUGUUUCAGUUUCCUGCUGGUGUUCAGCUGUUUGGUGCUCUCCGUCUUUUCCACCAUCCCUGACCAUCAGAAGUUUGCCAACCAAGGCCUCUUCAUCCUGGUAUGUCCCCUGCCUUCCUGUCUCCUUCACCCCUCACCACACACACACACACACACACACACACACACACACACACACACACACACACACACACACACACACACACACACACACACACACACACACACACACACACAUAAAUAUAACUACUACAGCAUCGAUUUCCAUACGCUGUUCUUUCAUACGCAGCAUCCCUCUUGCCUCGGUGUGUCUGUAUGUGCUUGCGUACGUGUUGCUUUGUUCAGACAGCCAUGUAAGCAGGUGGGAGGAUUCAGGUGUUGUUGACUGCGCAGAAAAUCACAGUCAUGAUCCACUAAUCCUAAUAGCCAUCCUAUAAUCUCCCUCUCCUUCUCUGUGCUCUAGCUGCGUUAGUGAAAGGUAAUGGAUACUCUUUUCCUCCUUGUGAACCUUGCUCUUCCCACCUUGCACCACCUAACCUGUUAUUUAAUGGUCACUUUUGACUUUCACGUCCCCUCCGUUCACUCUAUGGAUCAAUCAGCCAGCCAUUAGCAGGCAAUCAGCCAUUAGUUGACUUUACUUAAAUGAACAUCUGUGUUAAUGAUGGAGCAGCUCAGUGCACCUAAACCUGGUCUGAAAGCAGAAAGACAGAAAGAAGACACACAGAAGGGCAGAGACUCCUGAUGUAAUCAAAAGUCAAAGCACAUGCAAUUUACUUACAACACAUUAAGAGUAAUUUACCUGCCAUGAAUUCAAAGUAAUAGCACAGCAAAUGUUUAAGAAUUAGUAGAAAAGACAUGAAUGUUUUCUUAAGAAUUUAAAUGGCUAGUGUUAGAUUAGAGAUGACACAAACAGCAGUGGAAGUAGAGGAACUUCUUUGAUUUGUCUUUUGAAGAUAAGUCAAAAUCAGUGUGAACUUGUUUGAUAUUUCAUCCUUCAUUUGCACACCCUUCUGUUCAGUAAGGCUACGGGCCAGUUCCCUAAAGCUGCAUUCAUGCAUCCUCGCUUUUCAUUGCGUCUUAGUCCCUCCGUCAGAGAUGCAUGGAAAGAUGGAAGUCAGGUCAAGUUGAGUCAAAGUUUAUUUCUUAAGUAUAUUUAAAAACAACCUCAGUUGUCCAAAGUGCUGAACAGGAGUGCAACAUAAUCAUGAAUACACUUAAUAAAAAUAAUAAAAACAGCAAUGGAAUAAAAAAACACAAUAUUAAAAGACAAAUAUAUUAAAAAUUAAAUUAAAAACAAUAAAAGAAGAGUAAAAGAGAAGAUAGGGAAUGAAAGCGAAAAGGAUUAAAGCCAAGCUUACUCCUCUAGCCUAGACUUAACGCCAAAGAAAAAAGAUGCUUUUUACCAGUGUUUUUAAGUGCUCAGUGGACUGAGCACCUCUGACCUGGAAAGGUAGACUGGGGCUUCUACUGAGAAGACUCUGUCCCCACGAGUGAAGAGCCUGGACCGAGGCACUGCCAGAAGCAGCUGGUUUGACGACCUAAGAACCCUGGUAGUCGUGUGAGGCUUCAGCAGCUCGGAUAAAUAAGAUGGUGCCAGGCCAGCCAGUGCAAAGAGGCAAGGACAGGACUAAUAUGGUCACGCCGUUUCUUGCUGGUCAGCAGGCGGCCAGCUGCAAUCUGAACAACCUGUGGAGGGUGCAGGGCUGACUAGCUUCACCCAGUAAAAGAGAAUUACAGAAGUCCAGGCGUGACGUGACAAAGCAAUAGCUCUCUAAAGAUCUCUAAAGACGUGGAUGUAACUUUUUUUUUUUUUUUACUGUGGCUCUUUUCUGUCAAUCAAGCUUAAGGUCACUGUCCAAGAUGACACCAAGGUUCUUUGCAAAGCCAUGGCCAUAUGAAUUAAAUGUGCCAAUGGCGCUGUCAUAUCCAUCUAACAGGUAUAAAAUUAUUCCAGUUUUAUUUUUGUUCAUAGACAGAAAAUUAACCUCCAUCCAAGAAUGAAUAUCAUUGAGACAUUUUAACAGAACCUGAACAGAGGCUCACUGAUUUAUUUUUGACAGAUAUAUUCAAACGUCAUCUGCAGAGCAAUCAAAUCAUAUAUGAUACCUCUAAGAUAUGGACCUCAAAGGCAAAAUAUAAAGUGAAAAAAGGAGAGGGCCUAGAAUGGAACCCUGAGGCACCCCAAAGCUCAGAAGAGAAGUGGCUGAGGAGAAGUGGCCUAGCUGGACGUGGAAGCUCCUGUCUAGUGACAUCUUGACCACUGCUGGAUCAGCUGUCAGUAAUUGCUUCAGACUGAGCUAAAUCUUCCCUAAACAGGAGAUAUACCUGAUAAUGCUGCUAAUAUUUAGACCAUGUGGCUUGUUGUUUUUGUCAGAUGUUGAAUAGAAACAAAUGACACUGACUGGUGAGUUAUUGUGCGUUUGUAGGAGUUUGUGAUGAUCGUGGUGUUCGGCUUGGAGUACUUCAUCCGGAUCUGGGCGGCUGGCUGUUGCUGCAGAUACCGGGGAUGGCAGGGACGGCUGAGAUUUGCCAGGAAGCCCUUCUGUGUCAUAGGUUAGUGUGUGUUCCUGUGUGUUUACAUGCUGCACAAACCCCACGUCACAGCUCCUGUGUGUGUAUUUAUGAGAAAUGUGUGAAAUCUCAUCACCUCGUAACGACUUGUCUUCACCUCUCUUUGUUGUGUUUUUAUUUUUUUUCCUCACAGACUUCAUAGUAUUCGUGGCCUCACUGGCUGUGAUAGCAGCAGGUACACAAGGAAACAUCUUUGCCACGUCAGCCCUGCGCAGCAUGCGUUUUCUGCAGAUCUUGCGUAUGGUUCGUAUGGACCGACGGGGAGGCACCUGGAAACUCCUGGGCUCGGUGGUUUACGCUCACAGCAAGGUAGGAGCCUAAAUAUAGUCAUGUUACUACUACAGGAAUAUACCUUUCAUUGUUUACAUCUGAGACUGAUUCACAUUUAUGGUUGUGGUUGGUUUUGCUCAUAAUAAAUGCAGCGUUAUCGAUUAUCAAAUGAUCUAAAAUGAGGGCUAAUUCAAAGAGUGGAAUCAGUGAUUACCAAUAAGAUCACUAACUUAAUAAUCAUCUGUACAAUGGUGAGUAUACUGCUAACCAGCUCUACUUUACCACAUUUACUGCUUUCAAACGCCAAACUCUCUUCCUUCGGUGAUUAGUUGUUUGUUUUUAUGCUGACCUAAACAAGCAACACUCGCCGCUCAGCCGCAGAGCAAAGUUACAUGACACUGAUGAUGAUGAAUCGCUGUAUUAGCUGUCUAAGCAGAAUCAUGUAGCCAAGUCAAAGUGGAAGCCAAAUGUGAUGAUGAUGGGAAUUUAGCCAAUAAUGAUGAUAGUGAUACGGUAAUGACAGCAGGGAUUAUGGUGGUAAAGAUGCUGUUGUUGCUGCUGACAGGCCUGAUUGAUUCCUCCUCCCUGUGUCUCUCACAGGAGUUGAUUACAGCGUGGUACAUCGGUUUCCUGGUCCUGAUAUUUGCAUCUUUCCUUGUCUACUUGGCAGAGAAAGAUGUCAACUCAGACUUCAACACCUAUGCAGACUCCCUCUGGUGGGGGACAGUGAGUACUACAUCAUGAGCUCUCUUAAGCUGGAGAAGUCACAGUUGACUUUAAGGGUUGACCGAUAUCUGUGACUAUACAAUGUUGGCAUGAAUGUGUGUUAAGAGUAAAAACGAAGGCUUUGGAAAAUGGGUAGUAGUACUACAGAUACUCCCAAAAGUUACCACAAGUUCGAAGUAUAUGUCAGAUUUGCUAGCCUGCUGGAUACUCUCCACCCGCACAUGCACAGCGAAGUGAGCAGUACUUUGCACCAAGGCUUCAAUGCUGAUUGGCUGUUUCAUUUCUAUGCUAUAUGUCCUGCCAGUCAGACUUUGCCAGUCAUUGAAUUCCACUUUCAUGCUGAUGAGAGCAAUCAGCAGCACUAAAAGGGUAACCAAUUCGUCCACCAGGGGCGCCAAAGUCAACACUGGCCGAAAAUUCCUCACAGGAGCUUUAAAGUCCUUGAACUUGCAUGCAGAGUUUUCUUUUAAACUUUUCUGUGUUUUUUUUCUCUUCCUGCUCAGAUUACUCUUACCACUAUUGGCUACGGUGAUAAGACCCCUCGUACUUGGCAGGGACGGCUUCUUGCUGCCGGCUUUGCUCUCCUGGGAGUCUCAUUCUUCGCCCUGCCUGCAGUAAGUCUCCCACAUGUUUACAUCUUUAUAUUCACUCAUAACCCUGUUUAUGGCGCCUCACAGCCCCGGUCAGAGUCGGACUCCUCUCUCUGAUUUGCCCUCUGACCCUCAGGGAAUUCUGGGGUCAGGCUUUGCUUUGAAGGUCCAGGAGCAGCACCGACAGAAGCACUUUGAGAAGAGGAGGAUGCCUGCUGCAAACCUGAUACAGGUAACAAGUCUUGUGAGCUGUUUUAAUAAGAAAUACAAACUGCAGUGUAACAGUCAGGUCAGAGGUGAACUUUUACUUUGUGUCUUUUUUUAGGCUGCCUGGCGUCUCUACUCCACGGAUGCCAAACACUCCUAUUUAACGGCCACAUGGUACUUCUAUGACAGCAUGCUGCCUUCAUUCAGGUAAGCGCUCCCAUGAGUUCACAUGCUCAGCACUAAACCGUUAGACAUUUGAGGGUGUCAUUUGUUCUCUGUUUGAUGUGUUGUUGGGAGGGCAGACAGAGAUUUCAGAGUUGCAUCAUAAAUGAGUAAACUGUACAUACAUUUAUGUUGUAAAGAAAACAUACUUCAUAACACAUCAAAAAUUCCACUUUUAAUCAGUUUUUGUUCAAUGUGUGCAGUGGUGGCUUUAGCAAAAGGCAACAUUGGAUGUAACUCUAUGAAAGUCCCUUUAAUGUUUCUGCCACCACUAUUUUAGUCAAUUUUCAUUGAUUUAGUUCUCACAGUGGUUUCUUAUGAUUUGCAUUUAUGUAUUAAUUUGACUAAUUUUUGAUUUGCUUGAAAGGAGGGAACAUGAGAAACUAAAAACAAACUUCAAGAAGAAAGUGAAAACUUCAGCUUUGCAGUCUUAGAAGUUCUCACUUUUUUCUCUCUGGUUUCCCUCUCCUUCGAGCCUUUGGACCAUCAUUUUGGCCUUUUUGUGAGUUUUCUCUAAUUUAUUCAUUUUCUGUUCAUUUGUCAUGUUUUUUUUUUUAUUUGUGCACGUGGGGCGUCAGAGAACUGACGCUCCUGUUCAGUCACCUCCAGCGACAGCGUAACAACAAGAAGGUUCUCCACAACUCCUACCACACGAUGCUGUCUGGGCUGCGGCCCUACAGCUCCCCCUACCUGUCAGGGGACAGGUACGCACUCCGCAACCCCUUACAGCCAUACAGUACAUCCAGACAGGGGGCUGUAAAGUCUGCCUACAUUCACGCACACACACACACAGACAGACAAACACCAUCAAAACAGUAACAAGAGGGGCUUUUGAGCAGUACUUCCAACAGGUGUUCAAGCUGAUGGAGUUAUCUGCAUGUGUGUGUGCGUUUGGGUGUGUGUGUUUGGGUCUCUGGCUGUAUAAAAAAAUGGGGGACGCAUCUUCAUUACUUUACACUGCACAAAAAUGAAACCAAAAUACCACCCUGCGACAGUCGAGAUCAGCUUUAUGAGCCCCUUUAGUGAAACAGAUUACAUUAUAGUGACCAAAAAGGAAGUUACAAUCCCUCAGGUUGGUAGUGUUCACAGCAGAGUUGAUUUUUUUUCUUAAUUUUGAGCGAAUACUUACAGUAACGGGAAGUUAAAUGACUCUUGUGAGAAUAUUUAUUACAUAUUUUUAAGUUUCCCCUUGUUUUGUAUUUGUUUUUGUUUAUUGUGACUGACAUUAACAGCUUACUUCCAAUAGCAAACUAGCAAGAAUGCACGUCUUUCAAAAAAAUCUGUUAUUUUGGCUGGGUUUAGAGAAUUAAGUCUACAUUUAUAAUUCGCAGAGACAGAGAGAAUUUUAAAUAAAGGCCUGCCUCUAAUACAAGCCUGCCUCAUAUGAGGGUCUAUAGGAUGUUUAGGUUUUCAGCCUCCAGGACGACCUUCAGAUGUUUCAGCUUCACUUUCUGUAAGCUGCUGCAUCGCCCAUCUCUUUGUACAGCCUCUGGCUUGUUCGUGUCUCUAACAGUGUGUCACUAACGCUGAUCUGAGACCACUGUGUUGCAGGCCCCCCCCCUCCUCCACUGCUUCUCUGCAUCUUUGUCUGCUCCGCUCAUAUACACGCCAUCUUCACCACCUUCCACUGGUCACUCACUGGUUGCUCCUUCCUGUCCUCCUCAUUCUUUCUCUGUCUCUCCAUCGUAUCUUUUCCAUGCCAUCCACCCUUCAUCCUCCAUCUGUUCUCAGGAAGGCAGAAACUCCAUGCAGGUUUGUUCUUCCAGUCAUGAGCUGUGCUUGUUGAUGAAAAAAAGGUAGAUACAGUCAGGGCUGAUGUGCUGGAUUAGAUUCUUCGAUAUUUUAGUACAAAACAAGGUUAGUCCAGAGACGAAUGGACUCUUGCAUGCUUGAGAUAAGAGAGGCAGAUGUUAGAAAUAUCUUUUUAGUAGAAUUAUCUUGGAUUUGAUGCGCUGAUGUCACACCAUGAUGUUAACUGGGCUGUUUGAUGAAUAUACUCAAGUGAGUCCCACCACCUUUGCAUGGUCCCUCAAACCCACCUCUUUAUGUCUCACUGUGUGUCUCCAUAAUCCAAAACCGCCUCUCCUCUCUGAAUUAACUCCCCCAGUUUUAGGUAAGGUAACACGAUAUGGGAGUAAAAAGACUUUUGGACUAUUGAGAUGUCACUCCUCACCCCUCCACCUCACUCUCCCUCCUUGGUGUUCCUUCUUUGAUAUUCUCACGGGUUAACCAUGUACCAAGGUUGUGUCCCAGGACUUCUUUCCCCCUUCACCCUUCCCUUCUCCCACUGCCUCUCCUCCCCUCACCCUUUCUCCCUCUGCCUUGUGUGUCUCCUCAGUCAGCUCCUUUCUAAAAAACGAGGUCUCUUCCGGAUUCAUGCUGGCCGCAAGCAGAGGUAUCCACUGCAACGAGCCUGUGCACGGGGCACGUCAAAACGUCACUUAACAAAAAAUGAUACGAGUUCUUGUCAUCAACCUGCUCAUCUUGCCUGAAACGCUCAAAAUCUGUGGGCUGGUGCAAGCAUUAAAAAUCACAGAUCAUUAAAACAACUAUUCGCUUUAUCACAUUUCCAGAAGAAGCACUUAUGAAACCUGAGCGGGCCUGGUCCACAGCCUUGAGUGAUUUCUUUACUGUGAUGAUUUUUCUCUUGUUCUGGAGAAUCAAGUUCUGAUCUUGCUUGGUUUGUUUGAAAGUCUUAAUAAACCAUGUGUAGAGCUCUCAGCUUAAAGGGAUAUUCCGGUAGUUUUGAUUUGAGGUUGUAUGAGUUACACAAGCAAGUGUAUUUGCCACAAUGGAUGCCUGUCAGAAACUGACAGAAAAACCCUGCUAACCAUUUUCAGCAGACGGGGUCGACUGAGCUGCUUCAUUUAGUAGAGUUUGGAAGACUCACACUCAAGCACCCAUCUCAGUUCAUACAAGAAGUUUCAAUACUUAAGAUUCAGUACAUGUUGACCUCAUCAAAAUACACUGUGUUUGCUGUGGAAGGGCACAACUGCCAGCAUUACUGUGCCCACCAGGUGAUCUUAGGCACUCAUAUCAUGCAGAGCUGAGAUUAGGGCUGAGCGAUAUGGCCUCAAAUCAAUAUCACAAUAUAUUGACCAGUUCACCUCGAUAACAAUAAAUGGACGAUAACUACUCCACAAGCUGCUCAACCCCUCCCACAUUAACCUCAUCUACUUCAGCCACCGCUCCAGCUGUUACUACUUUUGAACCGUCCUCCAUCUCCUCACCUGUCUUUCCCUCUUUGUUACGGACUGGAUGGGGUGGAGUCACGUCUCUGACGUAGGACAGCGUCUUAAAGGGACAUGAGACCAUAGCGUACCCACACACAUCCAAAACCAACUUUUUUUAAUAAUUAAUUUAUUUGACACCGAAUAUACCAAUAUGGGCAAAAUGACGUUGAUUAUCGUCAUAAAUGUUGGAAUUGAUAAAUUUUCGGUUUCUCGCCCAGCCCUAGCUGAGAUGCAAAAUUAUCAAAAACCAGAAUAUAUCAAUGACACAUAAUGGAACUGAAUAGCUGAUCCUGAUACAUGCAGAAGAGCAUAGCUGUGCGGUGUGUGAGGCUCUCUGAUGUCCAAAUAAAGUACUAACAUUUCUGGUUAGAGCAUUUACUUGAAUUGAGAUGAUUGCUCUCAAAGCUAGAUUACAAGACUUUAGAAACUAUGUGCUGAAAACUGGAGCCAAGCUAGCAUCCCGGUUCAAUCAGCAGUUUGGGGCCCAGCUGACUGGCAUCUUUUAUGGCUACAACACAAACUAGUGAUAAGUAACUCAUACAGCGUCACUUCAAAAAUCCUGGCAUAUCUCUUCAAGUUUUGAUGGUUUAUUAGUGUGGCAAAUACUCUGAAAUGUUUCAUCAAAUGUGUCUGAUGAAAUGGUAACAGUUUUACCCAACAUUUCCCCGUAAUUGUAACUGAAUCAAAGAUUUUCCCAGUUCUUGACUUGUUCCAUCAUUUCAAUUUGCUUGUUUUUCAACAUUUACUUGGAGAGAACGUUAAAUGAUUCAGCAUGCUUUCCUAUGCGAGAUUAGUCGUACAACCUUUCUACAAAAUCAGUGUGUUUGUGCUGUAUUUUUGAAAGGUUUUUAAGUGCUCAAAUGUUUCAGUUGCAUGCAAUACUCUCUCUCAAUGAUUCGUCAAGUGACGCUCAUAGUCCUGAAUGCAUCCAAAUCAUUCACAACCGCAUGCAACGCUCUUUUACUCUAUCUCCCCCACUCUCUCCAGUCUACCUGAAGCGUUUCAGCUUACUUGUAUGAAACGUUUUCCACUAACCUCCCCCUAACUAUUUAAAUUUUAAUUUAAAUGGCCGCCUGUAACUCACGCACAACAAAGAGUAUAUCAUCGUAAAAAAUGUGGGAGUGAACAACUGGGCUGGAAUUGCUCCGUGGUGCAUGAUGUUUGCAUUUCCUUAUGGAUCUGUGACAGUAACAUGUAAGUGGCUGCAGAGGAGGAGUGGUCUCCAGAGCAUGCUAUAACAGCAGCGUUAGGAGUAGAUCUGCGGGCAAGAAUGGACGCCAAAUAGCUCCCCUCCUGUAAAUAGAUGACCUCACAUACCGGCCUGCCUUGGGUAGUGGUGAGUGGUAUGGAGUGCGUAAUGAGGCACAUUUUGUGCGGCUGUGCUUUGAAGCUGAUGUUUUAAUGCUUAUUCACUCUGCUGAAAGGAUUAGGGAAGCGUGUCUUUUUAUUCUGAUGGUGGGUGGCACAUUAUUUCCGCCAUCCCAGCACUACUGCAAGUCUUGAAUCAGGUUUCAGACUGAUUUUGCUGAAUCAGGUGCUAUGAUCGGCACAUUAAAUAAGCAAAUCCUCAGAGCUGAACAGUUUUUUGGUAUUGUAUAGCGAAGUCCCCUGUGGUCAAACUGUGAGCAUGAUAAGUCAGCUGGUUUGUGCAUUGCUGUGGAAACAUGAAUAUUUGUUUGUGUCCGUGUUUGUUGUGUUGGUUGAUUCUGAUAAAAACAGACGCCCUUUUUUUGCUGUUUCACUAACAAACUCUUUUCUAACAAGCUGAUGCUGCUUCUGCUGUUUCCAUUAACUCCCAGGAUAACACAGCUUAGUUUACCAAGGAGGUCAAACGCAUGGACUUGUGAUCUCUGAUUAACUCUGUCCAAUCAUGAUCCCCAGAGGUGACAGUACCUUCAGGUUUCUGACUCACGCAUCUCCACUAUCAGCAGUAAAAUGGGAUUCCGGGAUCGGAUCAGGAUGAAUAAUUCCAGAUCAUCCCAAACUAUCAAGAACAAGGCAUCUCCGCUGCCCCCGGGCUCAGGUGUCCGCCGUUCCCCCAGUCAGGAAAACGUACCUGAGGCCACCAGCCCAGGGAAGGUCCAGAAGAGCUGGAGCUUCAACGACCGCACACGUUUUCGCACUUCUCUACGCCUCAAACCCCGCCCGCCUGCUGAUGGUAGGAAAGGUCCUCACAAACACUGUUCGCCUCCUUGUGUAGUUUCUGGUUCUCAAUAUGUGUCUCUCUGCUGUCGCUCAGUAGAAGGGGUUGGUGAGGACAGCGUGGAGGACAAACCAUAUUGUGACGUGGCGAUGGAGGAGGUGAUCCCUGCAGUGAAGACUCUCAUUCGGGCUGUCAGGUAAGUUCUGCUCUCAAAAGGUUUAUUAUUUGUAUGUUAUGUGCAUGCAUUUGCUCAAAGCCAUGAAUUUCUGGGGCAUCAUCACACUCUUGUGUUUCCAAGUUCAUGUCCUCAACCUUACCGUGCAUCACAUUACAAACCUGACAUUGUCGAAGCUUAUGCCUUACAUGUCAUUGCAAGAAUAAGGUCACAUUGUCCAGGUGGAGACCCUGCAUGAAUAUACAGACUGACCAUUGGCGUGCAUUAAAGGGUGAACGUGCUGCUCCUCCAUUUAGGUGCUGCCGUGUGCAUAUUCGGCUGACGGAGGAGAAAUAUCCACUUAGGAGGGGUAACUGAGCCUUCCUGCAGGCCAGGUUAUUUCCCCUGUCUGACCUUGUCACUCAGCUGGUUCAAAGCCGCUCAUGUGAAAGGUAGCGUAAUAGGGUGGCCUUUUAGUACUCACAAACGAACACACACACAAACCCUGUACAGACAGAGGAUCAAACUCCAUCACGACAAAUGAUAUUCAGUUCACACAAGGACAGCUGUCACUGAUUCAAGCAUUACAGAGUGUAAUAUUGACUGCUGUCAUUCUGUCACGUACGCUUGGCUGUAAUGUUGCUGCUGUAAACCAGCGUAAAAGAACAUAAACGAAAGGCAUAAGGGCAGUCUGAAUGAAUGAGAGCAGCUACCUUUAGUGAGGAAGAGCAGAAGAAACAGUGCAUAAUCCAUGAACAGAAAUGCUCUGUAUGCAAAUCCACAGAAGAAUUAUAAUAAUUAGCAAUAAAUCAUGAUGGAGUGGAAACAAAAAAAAAAAAAAACACUCAACCUUCUGUUCUAUAAAUGUGUAAAUAACCCAGAGGGUUUCCAGCAAUAUGUCCAAUGCAGACACAUGCUAGUAUGUACAGAACCUGCUUACACAAAUACACACACACUUGUAGUAGUAGUUUUUCACUGACUGUAGCAGAAAAAAACUACAACUGCCAGCAAACAUCUGGUGUUUGGGCCAGGCUGGUCUCCAGAGAGGUGCGAUGAGAGCGGAUUAUAACAGAUUUAUUUCUGGUCCCUGAUGUCGGAGCUGCUCCUGUCACAGCGUUUCUCAUCUGUGUGGAGCCUGAUGCACUAAGUGACGCUCCUGAAUGAGUGGGUGAAAAUCUGGAAACAGAGUGGGAGGCGUCCUCAGAGCCCAGACCACAUGACUGCAUCAACUUCUGUCCAAUUUUUACAGACUGUAAAGAUCCCAAGACUAUUUCUACGAUAAAAUAUCACAAGAACAAUAUUAUCGCAAUGUUUAUGGAAAAAUGUGGGAAUCAACUGAGAUUAUCAGAUAAAUCAAGGGAUGAUAAGACAAGAAUGGAGCUUAAAAUUUUGAUAUUUUUUUCAGCCUUGCUUUAUUUCCUGCAGUAUAAAAGUAUGCUUUUAUUUUGAAAUAUGCUACUUCGACUGAACCCUAAGUUACGACACAGAAUAAAAACAGUCAGAAGGUAUAAAUGUUCAAUCAAUUAGUAGUCAGAUGAGGUACAGGGUCUAAUUUUGUUCGUGAAUUCACAAUGAAUCCUGAAGUUUAAGUUUUUAAAAGUGGCUGAUCAUUUUCCAGAGGGCUGCUAAAGCAAGCUUGCUAGCAGCUGCCCAUUCUUCUUCGUCUCUCCUUAUUCUUUUUAAUAACAUUUGGCAGCCAGUGUAAGAAAUCACUGAGGGACGAGCCUAAAUAUUGUCUAUCAAUCAUAAUGCAUAGCCUCAUUUUAAAAUUUAUGAUUAUUAAAUAUUGAUAUAAGAAUUUGCAAUGUAAUAAUAAAAUGAUUUUUUUUUUAAGUUUGUUUUUUUUUCAGCGGGGGGUGCUCAAAGUAGAAGUUUAAGAUCUCUGUUGCAGUAAAAGGAUUGAUAACUACACAAACAUUUUCCUGGUGCCGUGUACACACUUCAAAAGGUUUCCUAUUUGUUGAUGAGCAAACGUACAAUUUCCAACCGUCUUUAAACGCAGCAUCAGGAUGAGCUAUAGUUUGAUAUCAUUAUGCCUCUGCUGAUAAUGAGGGUAUUAAAUGACCCCUCUUGUGUUGCAUUGACUCAGCAGAACUCUGACCUCAGUUGUUCUGAGCUGCUGCAGACAAUAGAAGAGAGGGAGUUCCUGUAAGAAUGCAGGUGUGUGUAUACAGCAGGUGCUUCACCGCACAAACACACACACACACACACACACACACACACACACACACACACACACACACACACACACACACACACACACACACACACACACACACACACACACACACACACACACACACUCUUCCUCUCUCUUUCUCUCUCUUUCUCUGAUACGAUUCUUAGCCAAGUUCACGGUUGAUGUCUAUGACAGAAUACUUGCAGCAGGCCUUAGUGCUGAGGUUUUACUUUGAAGAGAUGCAUGUGGUUUAUCAGUGCCCGCUGAAGUCUUUUUAUGUACAGAGUGUACAGACAGAGAAGAACAAAUAGAAGAGGUAGAGAAGAAGAGGAUGAGAAAACAAGACCUGAAAUUUAUCAGUGCUCUAUUUAUUGUGGCAAAUCUAACCCCAGACAAAAAUCACUUGGAUAAAACUCAGCCUUCAUCAUCAGGUUGAAACUCAGACAUGUUGCUGACUAUGAGAGAUGAUUUCUUCUUAAAGCUCCAGUGAGGAACCUUUGCUUUUUGUUAACUUUGGCACCCCUGUCAUCACUUCUUUUCCCGCACAUCCCAAGGUAAACAACAAGGUAACUCCUUCUGCUUUCAUUUGAUAGUCAAAUAUAUCACUGUUUGUUCAUAUUUGCUGUUAAAGCCUGCUUUUUCUGUGCUUUGUCAACUGUCUGACCUGACACUUCACCCUUCACAGCAGCGCCAGCAUUUAAGAUUAUAUGAUUGAAAUGAAUCGUCUGCUUGCUGGUGGUUUCUUCUGCUUUCGUUGCUCUUAAAAAAGGCUUCAGUAUCAAUUAGAGAUGCACAGAUUGUGAAAACUAGGGGUGAUAACUGAGCUGUUACUGACAGCCAUCCUGCUUUGCAUCGCUUUCAUAUUUUUGUGCCUGAGUUUAAGUACGUUAUUCGCCGAUAUCAAACCUUUCGGAUUUGAAACAAUACCAAUACUUUUUUGAUGCAGUUUUAUCGAUACUGAUACUUCUUGAGUGGGAAAAAUUUUCAAAGCACAAAUACACAGUACAUCAGACAUUGUUGCAUCUAAUUAAAGAGCAACCGAUGCUGUGUAUGCAGGACUUCUAGCCGUGGCUAAUUUGCGGUCCUUGCCCCUGGUUAGACAGCGGGAAAUACAGCACAUAAUACACAAACCACUGAAUAAAAACUAACAUUAUAGCAGGUGCAGACAGGAAAUCAUAUGUUUGCAUAAAAACAAAGAGCAAAGCAGACAAAAUAAGAAGUUGAGAGCACAUUGCGAAGCACAAGAGGACAUAAUCAUUGUAGAGGGAACAUUUGACUCGUUUUUAUAGUGUUUUUUUUUACACUGCUAAGACCCAGGUGAGAAUGUGAACAGUAUAAGUGACAGUAAAAGAAGUUAUUUCUUAUCAGUACUUUACUAAAGUACUCAAUACUAAAUAGUUAUUGUGUAAAUCUCCAAGUAUUGAUCGUUUAGUCAUGCCCAUCUCCUCUUAGCAGCCUCAUCCAGAGAAACACCAUUCUUGCUCCUGCAGAGGCUCACCCUACCUGGCUCAUUUAGGAUUGGUGUCAGCAUAACAGUCAUUUCUAAGCCUCAGAUAAAACCACUGGAGACGAUCGGGUAUCCGCCUUUGCUGAGUUGCAAAAAAAAUAUUUGGACAAGCUAUGCAAGUAUUUUUGGGCCACGGAUGACACUUCCCGUUCCUGCAAUCAUCACUCCAUUUCAAAGUCUCCACUUCCUCACAUUAGGAUAGUAUAAUAGAUUUCAGUGAGACGUGCCAGCUGUACUGUACCCCUGCCACUGACUCUUUCUGGGGUGUAAGGGGAGGGGGGGGCUCUCAAAGCCUUACCGUGUGUUAUGAAAGCCGCUCCAUUGACAGAGAAAGAGAGUCAGCAUUUCCACCAAACCCUCGGAGGAUCCAAAUCAAAAGUCCCCCCCCCUCCCACACCCACACCAGCACACAACCACCCCCUUUCCCGCUCCCCAACCUUUUCUUGCACCCACACCUGAGACCCACCCUGGCAAAAAAUCUGCAUCUACCUGCAAAAUAAGAAAAGGCCGCCUGCAAAAAAUACCUGAACACAGGAGUCAUCAAGAAACACAGAGUGCUGCGUGAGGGGGAAGAGUGCGCUGACGGCUGCUACGCCACCAGCUGUACUCCACUCCUCCUCCUCCUCCUCUCGCUCCUCUUCUCCUUCCUCACACCUUCUCUUCCUCUUUGUUGCAGCAGCGUUGUAUGAAGCUGCUGUAAAUGCAAGCGCUGCAGAGCUCAACAAAGGUUAUUUCAGAAAGUGACCCCGGUGUCUAAGUUCAAAUUUCACUUUGCUCCUGCUUAGCCCAGGUGUGUGUAGUUGUGUUCGUGUGACCUGUGCUCCUCCAGUUGUGUUUUUUGUGCCUGUGUGUGUGACGUUUAUCUGAGAGCAGCUGAAUGCUUGUGCUCUUUUGAAGUGAUUUCUUUUCUCAGUGAAAAUGGUGGCAUUAUGGUCGACUUAGUGGUCUGCUUAUGCGUGAUAGGAAUCCCUCAAAAAGUCAGGGGGAAAACUCCACUGCUUCCUCCCCCCUCCUUAUCUCUCAUCUUGAUUUUUAGAGCAAUCCAUCUCCUAUAAAAUGACAAGUUGAGUGUGUAGAUUUUGUCUUGCUUACACUUGAUGUUUCCAUACUGUCUGCAGAGUCGGCAUCUACAAGCUGCCAAUCGCAUAAACGAUGAGGAGAUUGAACAACACUCUCACGCUGACACACACUUAAACUUUCCUUCCCUUCCAUUAUCUCCUCCUCACCCUCCUCACCUCCUAGUGCAACAUCCAGACACAUUGUUUCUGGCACGGGACAUUGUCGGUGUUGUGUUCAGGUGCGUGUGUCCUUAAGGUCAUGUUCACACCAGCCUGAACCUGGUGCAGUUUGUUUUGGUUGGUGUGAACGCUGGCCUCAAACUCUGGUGCAGAUCAGUCAACCGCUUUGGGGUCCGACUGGUAGGGAUGGUCUCGGAAUCAAUUGAACUCUAGAGCGGUUUACUUAAGGUGUGAACCCCAUCCGCACCAAUCACAGGAAGCGCAUUGUUUUACAUGUCAUAUCCUGUUUUGGUGUGAGGCAAAGUUAUCAAAGUGCGGAUAAUGUCUGGCAGGGGACAAACGUGGAGUUACGAUUUAUUGCCUGUCAUCUUCUGUGAUAUGACCGUGUGAUUGCAGUGCGUCUCCUACAACAUCUGUGUAUUAAUACAUUAUUUAACUAACUACUAAAGUCUGCUGAUACGCAGUCCAGAUCAGCACCAACACAUAAAUGAGCAGAUGAUGCUCCGUGAUGUACAGUAGAAAUUGCGAGGGAUUUGUAUAAGCAAUCACCGAACGGCUUUUCCUGCCACGUGACCAUUUUUGGACUGUUUGAGUUUGGCCUUGGUGAGAAGUUGAGAAAUUGCAACAAUGUAUCAUCCUCACUUUGGUUCGUAUCAGAAAACGGACCUUUCGGUGUGAACAUGACCUAGCAUGAUCUAAAAUGAAUCAAUCAGGCCAGCCCUCAUCUUUAUUAAUUUCAAAUAUCAGUCACCACCCAAUCCUUUUGAAACCUUUGCAAGCUACUGCAAAUCCCCCAAGUGACCCUCUGUAGGUACCAUCAUGGCUGUCAAAUUGCAAACAGCAGGGACAGAGGGGGAGCUCUCCAGCAGUGUAUAUGUGUGUGUUUGAAUGUGUUUUACUCAUGACUAUUUGUGGGCCUCUGCUAAUUGCUGAAACAGCAAAUCCUGAUAAGUAAAUGUCCCUCUGGAGAUGUUGUCACCGUCACAAUAAAUCCACAGGGUUUAGCGCGGGGCGUCUGUGCCCUCUUUAUGGAGCUGUUUGUGAACGAUAAGGUCACUGGGACUGUAAUUAAUCUUGUUACAUUCAGGGUGUCCCCGCAUGGUUUGAUAGCUGUCCUGCCCCAGCAUUUUUCUAAAGGUUUACUGUACGUCCAUAUCUGAGGAUAUGCUGUGUGAGGCUCUUUGUGGUGGUGAUGAUAAUAGGACCUUCCUGUGUGUGCGUUUGUGCAGGAUCUUGAAGUUCCUUGUGGCGAAGAGGAAGUUUAAGGAGACCUUGCGGCCAUAUGAUGUGAAGGAUGUUAUAGAGCAGUACUCUGCAGGACACCUGGACAUGCUGGGACGCAUCAAGAGCCUGCAGAUGAGGUGGGUUUCAAAAAAGAGUCUAAACUAGGGACUGUGUUGUUUACAAGUUUGUGUCUUUGUUCUUUUGUCUGAUCGUGGUUCUUUACUUGAAACAGUAAUCCUCACCAGCACUUGUCUUUAAAAGAAAAAGUCUGUGCUAGGGCUGGGUGAUAAAACAAUAAUGCUAUAUAUCGAAAAUUAAUUUCCCUCAAUAUCAAUACAAAACACGGUCACUAUGCUUUUCGAAAGUCAGCAUUCUGCCAUGUUUUGGUAGACUAUACGAAUAGUCAAUGAAAAGGGGAGUUGCUCCGGGUCCUCUUUGUACUGAACCAAUCAUGUGCUGAAUUAGAACCAAGUAGCAAACAACUGCGUAGUAUCAGGCAGCAGCUACACGCAACCAUAGCACUUUAACAUGUGAAGCCAACAGCACUGUUGGUGAGACAAAAAGAAAAUGAGUGCUACUCCCGUCAGAAAUGCAGAUGAAGUCUCAACAGAUGAUAACAUUGUCGACAACACUGACAUGAAAAUGUCGAUGGUGUGGAGGUAUUCGGGAUUUUUGAGGUCGGACACGAAGCAGAGUAAUGUGCACUACAAAUUAUGUUGAGUACAUGUUCUCACAAAGUCUGGGAAUACCUCAAAUCUUUUUCACCACCUGAAGCAGUGCCACACGGCAGAGCACGCACAAUUCAAAAGGUUACAAACCUCGAGCCGAGCAAGGAGCCCAUAGCGCCUGUGCAGCUGAAACAGCCGACCGUUCAGUCAGCUUUCUCUAGCACAGGGGUCGGCAACCUUAAACACUCAAAGAGCCACUUGGACCAGUUUCCCACAGAAAAGAAAACACAGGGAGCCACAAAACCUCUUUGACAUCUAAAAUGAAGAUAACAUUGCAUAUAUCUUUUUUUUUACCUUUAUACAAAGUAUAUAAAAAACUGUAGCGAGUUGCAUUUAUGAAAUAAAUGAACUAUUUCGGCGAGUGUCUGUCUUCUUCUGUAGUUAAACCGCAAGAUAUCAAAAUCUACCCGGAUACAGCAAUGCUGCUUUUUGAUUGGCUGUUCAGUAGAUAUACUUUAUUUGAUUGGCUUGUGCGUGGCACGCAGCUUCUGAACUCUCAGAGGAACUCGGUUGAUUUCCCCCAGUUCCAAAGUUGAAGAAGUGCAACUUGGUGGACAUCACCGUGUUCAUUUAAAUGCGUGAGAAAUACAAUGUGUGGUGUGUGAGCGUGUGAACGAGUGGGAAUGCGUGUGUCACACGCUGAAUGCAUGAGACUUGAGAGCCCUGUGCUCACGCAUCAUCGAUGUACUCCCGAGCCAUGCAAAACGGUCUUUGCAAAUGUUGCACUGAACGCCUUCCUUUUCAGUCUUGGUGAAGUUUUCCCACACCACUGAUGUUUUAGGUCAGGAUUUGGGUUGGGUUGUGUCCAUGUUUUUCUCAGCCGCUGCCUCGGCCAUGGCUGUUUCUUUUCUGUGCGUCCUGCUGAUGUUUACACGCCGGUGUCCAUGGACAUAUAUAAAGACCCGACGAAUCGAUUACAGAAUUUGUUGGCAACGGAUUUUUUCGUCACGACGAAUCUACUUAAUCGAUUCGUUGUUGCAGCCUUAAUAGUUUAUUUAAUGUUACAAGAGCAUUAUAAUCUUUGAAUUUAGAAUUACAAAAAAAAAAUAAUAAUAAUAAAAUAAAAUAAAAUGCAAUUAAGUAUUUAUUAUUUAUUUUCCAAAUCCAUUGGGAGCCGCAGCUUAGGGAAGAAAGAGCCGCAUGCGGCUCCAGAGCCGCGGGUUGCCGACCCCUGCUCUAGCACAACGCCUUACAACAAAACGUCAAAGAGACACAAAGACCUCACAGAUAGAGUAGCUUAUUGUAUUGCAAAAGAAAUGCUACCAAUAAUCACUGUUAAAUUACUUUUUUUAUAUUGUGAUAUAUAUCGAUAUUGACUGAUAUGAAAAAAAUAUAUUGUGAUAAACUUUUUUCCAUAUCGCCAAGCCCUAGUCUGUCCCCUAUGGUGUCAAAUAUUGAUAUAACUUUUACCUUAUUAACCAACAUUUUCAAGCUUUAUUCCGAUUCAUAUUAUGCUUUUUUAUGUGAAAGAGUGGACCAGAUCAUCGGGCGAGGAGCGGUCCAGCCUGAUAAAAAGGCUCGUCCUGAAAAGGGAGAGAAGACGCCACCAGAACUGGACCCGCUGGAUGAGCUAAGCAUGAUGGGACGUGUAGUGAAGGUGGAGAAACAGGUGACAGUGUUUGAUUUAUGAAGACAUCUAUGUAUGGAGAGUUGCAUGUGAUCAGACAAAGCAAAGACGGCUGUGCAACUGAAAGCAUUUGCACACAAGUCUGUUUUUUUUUUUUCACCCACUCAGACGAAGGUUUCAUAUCUUGUGUUUAAGAUUGUUUUUAAGUUAUGUCUUAUUUGCGUAGUUACAAAGUAGUCUAUUUCUUUAAAAAAGCAGCAUUGUGGUAAAAUCUAGAGAGAAAAUCUUUACAUCUCAUUAUAAAAAGUAUUGAAGAUGGUGCCAGAGAAGCCUAACUCGUAGCUCUGUGUGUGUUUGUUCAGGUCCAGUCUAUAGAGAACAAGCUGGACCUCCUGCUUAACUUCUACUCGCAGUGCCUAAAGAAAGGCUCCUCGAACUUCACCCUGUCCUCCCUCCUGGACCCUGACUUGACAUCUGACUACCACAGCCCCACGGACCAAAGAGACCUCUUCCCCUCCGCCAACACGCUGAACAUCUCCCAGUCCGAGAGCGGAAACUUGGAAUGA